UCCUCUUCAGCAGUGUAUGAUAGGUGGCAGUAUGGAACUAGUUUUCCAUCCGAAAACCCGCAGAAACUGGAUCUCCACGAGCUUUCAGCUAGUAAAUCUGUAGGAUUGAACAGUUCCAGUCUUCGCUGUGGAUCAGCGGAGUCCGUUCUGAGAAAGAAAUGAUCAUCAGUUAGAUGAAAUGAAUGCCGUCCUGUUCCAGAUCUUCUUCUCCUAGUGUCGUCUUUCCAACCUGUUUCAAAUUUAGCUACGGAAAAACACUCUAAAAGAACAGUUCACAAAGAGGCUAAACUACUAGAGGAGGGACAUGGAAUCCACAAAAGGCUCCAAUACUCAGCCAAUACCCUCUCCUACCUCUCCCAAACAAAUACAGAAAAGUACAGGCAAGAAGAAAACCCACCACUGCUCAGACUGUGGAAAGAGUUUUAAUCAACAGGAUGCUCUCCAACUACACCAGCGCAUUCACACUGGAGAGAAGCCGUAUCACUGCUCAGACUGUGGGAAGAGUUUUAAUCAACAGGGUGCUCUCCAGCUACACCAGCGCAUUCACACUGGAGAGAAACCGUAUCACUGCUCAGAUUGUGGGAAGAAUUUUAGUCAACAGAGUACUCUCCAACAACACCAGCGCAUUCACACUGGAGAGAAACCGUAUUACUGCUCAGACUGUGGGAAGAGUUUUAGUCGUCAGAGUUCUCUCCUACGACACCAGCGCAUUCACACUGGAGAGAAACCGUAUUACUGCUCAGACUGUGGGAAGAGUUUUAGUCGUCAGAGUCAUCUCCAAACUCACCAGCACAUUCACACUGGAGAGAAACCGUAUAACUGCUCAGACUGUGGAAAGAGUUUUAGUCAUCAGAAUACUCUCAAUAUACACCAGCGCAUUCACACUGGAGAGAAACCGUAUCACUGCUCAGAUUGUGGGAAGAAUUUUAGUCAACAGAGUACUCUCCAACAACACCAGCGCAUUCACACUGGAGAGAAACCGUAUCACUGCUCAGACUGUGGGAAGAGUUUUAGGUGUCAGAACGAGUUCAAACGUCACCAGAAAAUUCACUCUGGAAAUAAACCAUAUUAUUGUUUUAAAUGUGAGAAGCGCUUCCUGCGUUCAAGUACUUUGAAGAAACACAAAUGCUCUAAGAUCAGUUGUAGAACUAGUCUGUAAAACAUCAAUACACAUUUACAGGAGUAGCAGACAUCUACAAAAUUAAGGUAGCUAACUGGAUUUAGAGAUGAAAAUCCAGUAAGUCUUGUUUUUCUCACAUGCGCUUGGGAACCUUAUACUACUGUGAUGAACACCAUGUCCACAUCUGGUAGUUUUGCCAAGUGUGAAAGUUAUACACUCUGCAGUAAUCUGUCCUUAAAGUUCCAUUUGUAAAAUGAUUGAAAUGAUUAGGAAUGUUCACAUUCUAGAUGGAGUGAAAGAGCCAUUGUUGUAUGUAGUGUACUUAUAAUGAUCAAUAUUUUUUGAUUGGUUUACUACCUAGCUGAUAUUAACUAGCUGAUUCAAAUUUGAAGAUAUUAAAAUUUAUAUUGAAUGAACGGUGACAAUAAUGAUUAAAUAUAAUUUUACAUAACUAAAUGCUGUUAGUCCUACUGUGGGGAAAGUUGGACUAGCAUUAUUUUAACUCUUUUGUUUACUUUGCUUUUAGUGUAACGUUAGUUAACAUAAAGAGCAAAGCUGCCUUGUGUGCAUUGACGAGAGGUGAUGCCAGUUAACUUAUGAAAUUUGGACGAGUUUACUCCAAGUUCCUGAUGUCUUCUGGUAUUUAAUUAUUGCUAUACAGGUCUUUCUCAAAACAUUAGCAUAUUGUGAUAAAGUUCAUUAUUUUCUGUAAUGUACUGAUAAACAUUAGACUUUCAUAUAUUUUAGAUUCAUUACACACAACUGAAGUAGUUCAAGCCUUUUAUUGUUUUAAUAUUGAUGAUUUUGGCAAAAAAGUAAAGAAACAACAAAAUUCCCUUUCUCACACAAUU